UAAUGUGUUAUCUACCUAUGUAAAUACUAAGUCGGUAUUAGAUUAGGUGAGAACUUUGAAUUUCAAAUUUCGCGAGCGCUUCGCUGUUUUAAAAAUUAAUUUUUAUUAUAUAUUAAAAACUUUUUCGGAUCUAAAAGAGAAAUAAACAAAUAUGGAAGGGUUUGAUGAUGUUGGGGUAUUUUUUUCCGAUAAUUUUGGAGGUGUCGAGCAACAAGAUGGAACGGGAAUUAACAUGCAAGUUGUUAAAAAUAAAUACAAAGAAUUCAUUCGAACUUUUAAUGAAGAAAACUUCUAUUAUAAAUAUCGUGACACUUUAAAACGUAAUUAUUUGCAACGGAAAUAUUUUCUGGAAGUCGAAAUGGAGGACUUAGCUGGAUUUGAUGAAACUUUGGCAGAUAAACUAUACAAACAGCCUACUGAACAUUUAAAAAUAUUUGAAGAAGCGGCCAGAGAAGUCGCAGACGAAAUAACAGCUCCUCGGGGUGAACAUGAAGAACAUGUUGAAGAUAUACAAAUAUUACUCACAUCUAACGCAAAUCCCACCAAUAUUCGUGAAUUAAAAUCAGAAUGCGUAUCAAAACUUGUGAAAAUCGCCGGAAUUAUUAUAUCAGCCUCAGCUAUUAAAGCUAAAGCAACUAAAAUUUCAAUUCAGUGCCGAUCCUGCAGUAACGUUAUACCAAAUCUCAGUGUAAAUCCCGGUUUAGAAGGCUAUGCGCUUCCGAGGAAAUGCAACACGGAACAAGCUGGAAAGCCAAAUUGCCCGUUAGACCCAUAUUUUAUUAUGCCUGAUAAGUGUAAAUGUGUUGAUUUUCAAAUUUUGAAACUUCAAGAAUUGCCGGAUUUUGUGCCUCAAGGUGAAAUUGCAAGACAUUUGCAACUAUUUUGUGAUAGAUCAUUGUGCGAACGCGUAGUUCCAGGAAACCGUGUUUUGAUACAUGGUAUAUAUUCAAUCCGUAAAGUUGGCAGACCAAGCAGACAGGAAAGCCGAGAAAAAGCUUCGGUAGGUGUAAGAGCUCCUUAUAUGAGAAUAGUUGGAAUAACAGUUGAUACCGAAGGUGUAGGAGCAAUUUCAAGGUAUAGCAACAUAACUUUAGAAGAAGAAGAAACUUUCCGUCGCAUGGCAGCUAGUGGAAAUAUUUAUGAGCGUCUUGCUAAAAAUUUAGCUCCAAGUAUUUUUGGUUCAGAAGACAUUAAAAAAGCAAUAACAUGUUUACUAUUUGGUGGAUCUAGAAAGCGUUUACCUGACGGACUUUGUCGACGCGGAGAUAUUAAUGUACUUCUCCUUGGUGAUCCCGGAACAGCAAAAUCUCAGCUGCUAAAAUUUGUUGAAAAAGUGGCUCCAAUCGCUGUAUAUACCUCUGGUAAAGGUUCAAGUGCUGCUGGUUUAACAGCUUCUGUGAUGCGAGAUCCAUCGUCAAGAAAUUUUGUAAUGGAAGGAGGAGCAAUGGUAUUAGCAGAUGGGGGUGUUGUUUGUAUUGACGAAUUUGAUAAAAUGAGAGAGGAUGAUCGUGUAGCCAUUCACGAAGCGAUGGAACAGCAAACAAUUUCAAUAGCAAAAGCGGGGAUUACCACUACUCUUAACUCACGUUGCUCCGUAUUAGCUGCAGCAAAUUCAAUAUUUGGUCGUUGGGACGAGACAAAAGGUGAAGAAAAUAUAGAUUUUAUGCCAACAAUUUUGUCGCGUUUCGAUAUGAUUUUUAUUGUAAAAGAUAUUCAUGAUGAAAGCCGAGAUGUUACCCUGGCGAAACAUAUAAUUAAUGUUCACUUAGUUAAAAACAAUGCAGCUGAAGAUAGAGAGGGUGACAUACCUUUAUCACUUUUUAAAAAAUACAUCCAUUUUUGUAGAAUAAAUUGUGGUCCACGAUUAAGUAUAGAAGCUGGAGAAAAACUCAAAAGUCGAUAUGUCUUAAUGCGCAGUGGAGCAGGUCAACAAGAAAAAUCAUCUGAAAAAAAAUUAAGUAUUCCGAUUACAGUACGUCAACUUGAAGCUGUAAUUCGUAUCACAGAAUCUUUAGCUAAAAUGGAAUUGCAACCAUUUGCCAAUGAUAAACAUGUAAAUGAAGCUUUAAGGUUGUUCCAGGUUUCAACUUUAGAUGCUGCUACAAGUGGAACAUUAACAGGGGCUGAAGGUUUUACAACAGAGGAAGAUCAAGAUAUUUUAAAUAGAAUUGAAAAACAACUAAAACGUAGAUUUGCUAUUGGAUCUCAAGUGUCUGAGCAAAAUAUUAUUCAAGAUUUUCUUCGACAAAAAUAUACAGAACGUGCAGUUCUCAAAGUUAUUUAUACAAUGAUUCGGCGGGGAGAAUUACAACAUAGAAUGCAACGAAAAAUGCUUUAUCGUUUACGUUAAUUUCAAAAUUAUUAAUAACUAUUUCACAUUCUCCAGUUAAGAAUUAUUUAUAUACUUAACAGAAAUAUGUAUUCAUUAUAUUAUAUUCUUCAAUAAUUAUUGGGGAACCUUCUACGUUGCAAAAAUUUUUUGUUUGAAUCGAGAUUAUUAAAAAAGGUAUAGUCAAAUAAAAACGAUCAUAUAAAUCUUUUUUUUAAAUAGAUUUUGA